AUGGUUGUUGUCGCGUCUGGACAAAAUGUGACAGAGGUACAGCCACAACUUGAUGUGAUUGUUAAAUGUCCUGGAACGGGAGUAAUUGUUACUGGGAUUGCUCCUCCAGAGUCAGGAUUUGACUUCUACAGUCGAUAUUUUAGUCCUAAAUUUGGAAUCAAUGAGGAUCCUGUUUGUGGAAGUGCACACUGUGGCUUGGUACCCUAUUGGAGCAAGAAGCUGGGAAAGUGUGAUUUUAAGGCUUAUCAGGCAUCAGCUAGAGGGGGAGUUCUUGAUGUUCAUCUUGAUGAGCAGAAACAAAGAGUGUUUUUGCGCGGGAAAGUUGUUACCGUGAUGGAAGGGUUUGUUCUGGUCUAG